AUGCGGGACCUGAAACCAAAAGGCGAACUUCCCAGUACACCCAUUGGGCUACAGAAACCGGGCCACACCUCGGGCGUCAAAGCUACCAAGUCCAGGAAUGGCUGCCAGCGUUGCAAGGCCCGGAGGCUCAAGUGUGACGAGGCAAAGCCAAAAUGCAAACGUUGUACGGAGAAAGGCAUUAGUUGUCCAGGCUACGCAAGGGAUUUCAAGUGGUCGAGCAAGUAUGAAGUCUUGCGUACGCCUACAGACCCCCCAUCGUCGCAGAGUGCAACAACUGAGCCGCCACCGAUGCCAACACCACCAUUUCCGGAACCGUCACUGAACGAGUUCGGCCAUUCCGGUCUCGAUGACUUCUCGACCAGUGUGAUUGACUUUUCAGGUGAGCAGCGGGGAGAGUUGGGCAUGUCUCAGCCAAUGUUGCGACCUAAAUCAGAGCUUUCGGAUGGCUUGGCUGAGCCACUGCUGGACGAACUUGGUCUCCAAUUUCACGGGUUUGAUCAGCCUCUAAUGCAGGCCAACACUGGGUCCAACCCUUACUUCUUCGACGACGUGUUCGCUUCCUCAAAUAUGCUCUUGCCCACAUUUCAAGCGAUGGAUGAUUCAAUGCUUCCUGCGACCACGCAGCCUUCGGCAGAUCAGCUCCUGGAAGCUGUAGGUGGGGACGAAGAAGUGAUCGAAGAGGUUGAUCAGAACGUAGGCACGUCGAUUGUGCCUGCAUCAAGACGUGCGCGGAACACGUCUUCAAGCAGCGCUCACACCCCAGAAGACCUCCUCAGAUGGUACUACCGCAUGACACCCACACAGUACAGCGACACAGAUCUAGUAGAUCACUACUUUAGCCAAGUUUGCAGGCUCUAUGCACUUUUCGAUUCGACCAAGAAUCCCUUCCGAGCCCUUGUAGGGCAUAACUGGGAUAGCUCUGGAUCCAUUUCUUUGGCUAUACAGUCUAUGUCUUGUGCUCACUUGGCCAAUAGCAAUCCGGCAAUGGAAAGAAUCGGUCUGAACAAACAGCGACAGGCCAGAAUCAGCAUACACAAUGAUCUCCAGCUCUGGAGAUCUGGAAGCAUAUCAGCGGACCGUGUAUUACUAGCCAUUCUUCUUUUAGGUCCCACAACUUCCUGGCACAACGCAAGCGACAUUGGCCUGGAACACCUCAACAUUGCCCGAGAACUCAUCAACGCCAAGCUAAGUCAGCAACGGCAGCCUUCCGAUGAGAAGGCUCGCUCUCUAGAGCAAUUCUUCCUUCACGCCAUGAUCUACUGGGAAAUGAUGAUUGCUUUUGUCGAUUCCAAGGACAAUGUUUUCUCAGCAGAUCCCGAUGCCCUAGAAGCGAGUCUACAGCAGCUAAACCUCAAUACGGAUGGACCUCCGUCGACGCCGCCGCAAGAAGUCGUAAAGCCCCACCCGUGGACUGGUAUCGCUCCCCACGUACAAAUGCUGUUCGCAGAGGUCGGCCGCAUUAUGCGGCGCCGGGUCAACAACGCUCACGGGCCGCUCGCGACCGAGUCCGAGCAAAGAUGGGCGGCAGCCGUAGAAAACGCUCUCAAGGCUGCUGAGAUACCGACUAGUGCGUUCGUACUCGGGUCUGAAGAUCAGAACACUCCGGAGGACCAUCUUGUGCAACUGGCGGAAGCAUAUAGAUGCGCAGGGCUACUGCAGAUCUAUCAUGUCUUCCCAUCUGUGCUCACAGCCCGUCUUCAAGAUGGCGAUGAUGAGAACCCGAUAACGCCUACAACGGAGUCAAUGGACGACUAUCGCAUUGCUUUGGCGAUUCACACUCUGGAGCUCGUUGAAGCCCUGCCGAUUUCUUCUGGAACAUCAUGCCUUCAUCCGAUCCUCGUUCUCACUGCUGGCAGUGAGCUUAGGUAUGGCACUACGUCGCCACUGCCUGGCUUUCUGGAUCAGCAGACAGAUCAGCGGAUUGUCGUGGCUCGUGAUUUUGCCGAGCAGAGACUCCUGGAUUUGGCGAACCGACUGCCGAAGAAGCCGUACCUGCGGAUGCUCGACAUCAUGAAGGAGACGUGGUUGCAGAUGGACAUGUUUGGGACACCAACCCAUUGGAUGCAAGUCAUGUACGAACGGGGUUGGGAAACGAUUAUGGGCUGA